CUGUUGGGCAUUGAACCAGUCAGCGCGCAAUUUCGAAUCUGCGUUGUAAUGUUUAAGAAGUUUGACGAAAAAGAAGACAUUUCUUGUAUCAACAAUGCAAAAAAUUCCAUAGUCAAAGCUAUACGUACGCGAAUGAAUGAAGAUUAUGGCGUUGAUAAGGAGAUGGUUGACCAGAUUUUACCAAAGAAAGAUGUUGUGAAACAUGUCAAGUGGUAGGAUUGUGGUUAUUUUCUUUCCAAAUGAUUAGUCAUGAACACGUUGAUCUGUAUGCAGAUUCAGAGGGAGAGAUACUUUUUUUCCGGCAAAGGGAAGGCCCUUUCAUUCCGUCGUUAAAAUUACUACACAAAUAUCCUUUCAUCCUGCCUCAUUUGCAAGUUGAUAGAGGGGCUAUUAAACAUGUUUUGAAUGGUUCAAACAUAAUGUGUCCGGGUUUGACUUCUCCUGGAGCUCGAAUGUCAGAAGUAUCUAAGGAAUCUCUUGUUGCCAUAAUGGCAGAAGGCAAGAAAAAUGCUCUCGCAGUGGGUGUUACUUUAUUAUCUACUGAUGAAAUCUUGACUAUCAAUAAGGGUAUUGGAGUUGAGAAUAUACAUUACCUAAAUGACGGAUUAUGGCGUCUUAAAGGACCUAAACUCCAGAAGUACAAAACACUCACAUAUAUCCUAAUAGCUGUAUGUCUCUUUGGCGUUCUUCAUCAUGUCGGCAAGAACCGCAUAAAUGUGCGCAAUGAUUUGCUGACAGAUGUGUCUGAUUGGAGAUGGGGUGCAAUUGAUAGUCGUGUUUGUCCAUCAUGGGAUCACUAUGAUGAAAAUCCCGCUUUUCAUCGUUUAGCUGUCUUAGUACCGUUUAGAGAUCGUUUCACUGAACUUCAAGAAUUUAUACCGUACUUAGAGAACUUUCUAAAUAAUCAAAGUGUGCGUCAUACUUUCUUCGUUGUUAAUCAAGUGGACAAUCUUAGAUUUAAUAGAGGAGCUUUACUAAAUGUUGGAGCACUGGAGUCCAUCAAAGCUGAAGUCAAUGGUGUUGUUGUAGAAACUAUUGUUCGACGAAACUCAAUAUCUCGAUCUGCCUUACAAUGUUUGAAACUUCCUCAUACAAAUUACUUAGCGUUACAUGAUGUUGACCUGUUACCUGUGGAUCCAGCAUUGAAGUAUGACAUACCUCCUGAGUUUGGACCGGUUCACCUAAUUCCAUAUUAUCUCCACCCACGUUACAACUUUUUUAAGAAAUAUACUGGUGGCGUUGUAAUCAUUAGAAGAAGCCAUUACAGUUUAGUUGGUGGAAUGUCGAAUUCAUUUUGGGGAUGGGGACAUGAAGACGAUGAAUUUCGGAGACGUAUAAAGUUAAAUGGACUUAAAAUUUCAACUCCAAUUAAUGUUACUAUGGGAAUAAAAGCAUUUCGUCAUAUCCAUCAAGAGGGUCAGCAUACUCGGGAUGAUAAAACGUAUUACAGUCCUGAAGUUAUUUAUCGUUACUCCAGUAUGACUACUUGUAGCUUUUAUACGUUAAGUUAAUUCGCCAUCCUCUUGGUGGUCUGACUACACUAAACUAUACUGUUGUUAGUAGACGUGUGAUAACAAUCAGUGGUAUUCCAGCUGUCCUGAUCAAUGUUGAAUUGUACUGUGAUUCAAAAAAUUGUAAAUUAAAAGCAUAGUACAAUCAUGCAGACACUACAUAUAUUCAAGUGAUUUCUCAACUAUUAAGUUGUUUAUUUUUAUUGUAAAUAACCUAAUUUAUCGACUACUUCAUUUUCUUAAAUUCUCUGGAAUGAAAUCUUAACAGUUCGAUUUCUUAAAUGAAUUGUGUAUUUUCACCACAUGUUUUCUAAUCAUAAUAAUAAUAAACGC